CUCUCCGCCUGUCUUCUCUUUUGUUUUUAAAAAGGGCAAAUGUCCUUUAGAAUAAAGCAGAGUGCUGAUUUGGGGGAAAAGAACCGCAAUAAAGCGAGCACCGCCUCUGCCUUGGGAGAGGGGUCUUUUGCAUCGGACUGGCGUGAAGACGAUUUAAAGUUUGCAGCAGUAACAAAAAAUAAAUCUCUUCAGUCUGCGCCAUCCUCUCAUUAAACUGGAAUUUGCGCCGAGGUGGAGUGGAUGGAGUUUCCUUUUAUCCUUCCCACCAUCGCAGCUCAGCAGGCUGGGUUUCAGAGUACUGUGCGUGACUCACGGCUCUCCUCUCUGCUCUCUUGAGAGCCUUAUUAAUCUCAUAAUUAAACAUUUAUUGGUGCAAGCACCUGGUUUCUACUUUCCCCCCGAGGGACCCUGAUCAUACACUCACAGGAAGAGAGACACGCAGAGAGAGAGAGAGAGAGAGAGAGAAAGAGACAGCAGCGAGAGAGAGGAGUGAAAAACCCAUCAGACUGCUAGCCUCAGUGAGCUGAACGGCUGUCUAUCGGCAGCACAGACUGAAGUUAUUUGAACAGACCACUGAAGACAUUCCAGACCUCCACUAUUGCCUCGCUUGAGCUGUACCCACACAGCCUUCUCUUUUUUGAAACAAAAACUUAUUUUUUUAAAAAAAAAUAACCUAAUGUGUAAUCAUGAUGCUGAGGUACCUGCUGAAAACACUACUUCAAAUGAACCUUUUUGCGGAUUCAAUCUCCGCUGAUUCCGCUAACUCAACCGAUCCGCUCUUCAUUUACAACGCCAGCCUGUCAACCUUCGGAGAAAACGUCACGGACAGCGGAAAUCUGACUUAUGUCAACGGUUCCAGGCUACGUCUGGAAGAUUCUGCACCUCGGGUCAUCGAGCAUCCCUCAGAUCUGAUCGUUUCGAAAGGGGAGCCAGCCACGUUGAACUGCAAAGCAGAGGGACGACCCACACCCAUCAUUGAAUGGUACAAAGACGGAGAACGAGUGGAGACCGACAAGGAUGAUCCUCGCUCCCACCGCAUGUUGCUCCCCAGCGGGUCACUCUUCUUCCUACGUAUCGUGCACGGCCGGAGGAGCAAGCCGGAUGAAGGCGUCUAUGUGUGCCUCGCGAGGAAUUAUCUCGGGGAGGCAGUCAGCAGAAAUGCAUCUCUGGAAGUAGCGAUCCUGCGUGAUGAUUUCCGCCAAGCGCCGAGCGAUGUUGUGGUGGCGGCGGGGGAGCCUGCUGUGAUGGAGUGCCUCCCACCACGAGGGCAUCCAGAACCAACCAUCUCCUGGAAGAAAAACAAUGUCCGCAUUAAUGACAAGGAUGAGCGGAUCACGAUCCGAGGGGGAAAGCUGAUGAUCUCAAACACGAGGAAGUCUGAUGCUGGUAUGUACGUCUGUGUGGCCACAACAUGGUGGGUGAAAGGGGACAGCGAGCCGGCAGACUUGGUCGUUUUUGAACGGCCCACCUUCAUCAAACGUCCUGUAAAUCAGGUGGUCCUGGCAGACGACACUGUGGAUUUUCAUUGCGAGGUGCAUGGUGAUCCCGUGCGACCAACCAGUUGGCGCAAGGAGGAGGGCGAGCUGCCACGGGAAAGAUUUGAGAUUCAGUCAGACAACAGCUUGCGGCUGGCACAGGUCAGCAGCGAGGAUGAAGGAACAUACACCUGUAUCGCAGAAAACAGUGUGGGUAAAGUUGAAUUCUCUGGCACUCUGACUGUACAUGUGCCUCCACAGAUCAUCGUGCGGCCUCGGGACCAGAUCGUGGCUCAGGGUCGCUCCGUCACCUUCCUCUGUGAGACAAAGGGAAACCCUCCUCCCGCUGUCUUUUGGCAGAAGGAGGGAAGCCAGAUCCUGCUUUUUCCCAGCCAGCCCCAGCCUUUGGGGCGUUUUUCUGUCUCUCCAAAAGGUGAACUGACAAUUACUGAUGUCCAGUCAGGCGAUUCUGGAUAUUACAUGUGUCAGGCAAUCAGUGUGGCCGGCAGCAUCCUGUCUAAAGCACUCCUGGAGGUGGAAGAUGUUUCCUCAGAUCGAAUACCACCAAUCAUCCGUCAGGGCCCCGCCAACCAAACACUUGGUGUUGAAUCUACGGCACAGCUCCAGUGUCAUGUGAUCGGGAACCCCCUUCCCAGUGUACACUGGCUAAAGGACGGGCAGAGGAUCCUGGGCAAUGACCCUCGCAUCAGCAUGCUGGAUAACGGGACACUGCAGAUUACCAAUUUACAGGUUAGUGACACUGGUCUGUACAUCUGUGUGGCCACUGGAUCAAGUGGGGAGACUACCUGGAGUGGCUACCUUGAAGUGCAAGAAAAUGGGAGCCCGACUCGUAUCCUCUCAGCUGAACCUGACCUUCUGCCGGGCCCUCCCUCGAAGCCACUGAUCACCGAUGUCACCCGUAAUAGUGUCACCUUGACAUGGCAGCCAAGCCAGCACAUCGGAGGCUCGGCAGUCACGUCGUACAUCAUCGAGGCAUUUAGCCAAUCUGCAGGGAGCACGUGGCAAACGGUGGCUGAAUACGUAAAAGUGGAAAAGCAUACGGUGACCGGUCUGAACCUCAACACCAUCUACCUGUUUAUCGUACGUGCCGUCAACAUGUACGGCCUGGGAGAUCCCAGCCCCAUCUCUGAACCUGUCCGUACUCAAGAUGUGAGUCCCACCGGACAGGGAGUGGACCAUCGGCAAGUACAGCGUGAGCUUGGGGAGAUGGUGGUCCAGCUACAGCCUCCUGUCACUUUGACAUCUACAACCAUCCAAGUCACCUGGACAGUUGAUCGCCAAGCCCAAUUCAUUCAGGGUUACCGGGUGACGUACCGAACCAAAACAAGUGCUUGGCUGGUUCAGGAUGUGAAAUCUCCAGCUGAGCGCACCACCAUUCUUGUAGACUUGAAAAAAGGAACAGAGUACGAGAUUAAAAUCCGCCCAUAUUUUGAUGAGUUCCAAGGAAUGGACAGUGAAUCUGUCACUGUGCGCACACCAGAGGAAGCCCCUGCUGCUGCACCGCAAGCUGUUACCGUGGCAACAAUUGGCUUGAGCAACAGCACCAGUAUCAGCGUGUCCUGGGAGCCACCUCCCGCUGAGGAACAGAAUGGAAUCAUCCAGGAGUACAGGAUCUGGUGCUUGGGAAAUGAUACCCGCUUCCAUGUUAACAAGUCAAUUGAUGGAACUGUCCACUCAACGGUUGUUCGUGGACUGAUAGCUGGUGUGCUGUACCGUGUGGAAGUGGCGGCAGCUACGAGUGCUGGAGUUGGGGUCCGAAGCCAGCCUGCAACCGUCCUAAUAAGUCCGCCUUCAGACCAGGAGUCGGUUCCAGUGGAGAACAAUGAAAACGUCAGCCUGGCAGAGCAGAUAACUGAUGUGGUGAAGCAGCCGGCGUUCAUCGCUGGCAUCGGUGGAGCCUGCUGGGUGAUCCUGAUGGGUUUCAGUGUCUGGCUCUACUGCCGGAGGAAGAAAAGGAAGGAACUCAGUCACUACACCGCUUCCUUUGCGUAUACACCAGCAGUAGCUUUUCCACACGCUGAGAGUUCAGGCAUCACCAGUAGCAGACCAGGAAUCCUGAACGCAAAUGUCACCAACUACCCCUGGCUGGCGGACUCCUGGCCAGCCUCCAACCUGAUGCGGAACAGCAAUGGAAAGGAAAGUUCUGCCGGCUCUUGCAUAGCAAAACAUGAAACUACUGAACGGUUCUACAAUGAAGCCGGCAUUUCCAACUACAUUGCUCAGACAGAAAAGUUUGGAACAAUGAUGUCUGACGGGCCCAUCUACAGCACCAUCGACUCCGCCAGUGAUGAGAUGCGCACAUUCAAUGGGGCUUUCCCGAAUCAGCAGACCACGCUGUACGCGAGCACUCCUGUGGUGCCCCUUGGAGCCCAGAACCAGUACGCUGCAGACCCUGUCAACGGGCACUGGGGUGCCCAGCCCGGACCUUCCAACACCCAGUACUCCCAGCCAGAGCGUGGCAGACAAGAUGCUGGUGGGAAAACCGGGAAGCAGAAACUGAAUGCCAAGUCGGUGAAGGCCACACCUCUGAACUGGACAGAUUUACUGCCACCGCCACCACCCAGCGUGGAUGUUGAUUCCUACGAUGAUGAAGAGGAGCUGGAGUAUGGCCCUGGUGUUGAUGAGUGGUGUCCCCCACUCCCUGAAAGAACCUACUUGGUGGAGGGUGCCAGCGAGGAGGAAGGUCCCCCUCCACCACCACGAGGAGAUGCGUCAUCCCCUGCCACUUCAUACGGGCAACAAUCCACAGCCACGCUGACACCAUCACCUCGAGAAGAAGCGCGGUCGACGGGACACGGAGCGAUGGAGGAUAUUCCAAGGCUUCAUCAGUUUGAGAUUCCACAUUUACACCGGAGACUCCCAGUGGGACCAGUCCCUCUGCCCAGACCUCCAACACCUCCGCCGUCACAGAGCCACUCAAACGUGAAUGGGAAUGAGGACACCGUCACGGAAUCAGCAGGCCCACAUCGGCAUGGGCACAAACGCAACCUGAGCCAGACCAUGGCCAACAGCAGUGAGAAUGUCAGCAUACCUGGAGCAGGGAAGACAAGACACACGCCGGUGAUGGGGAGCAACAACGUAAACACCCCACCCAGCCAGAAAGCCCGAGCGAAGAAGAAAGCUAAGCAGAAUCAGUAUCGCCGCGACCUCUCCCAAGGAGAUCUUCCACCACCGCCUGAGCCUCCCCCAGCUGAUGGAGUCGUGGAGACUCCUUACUUACAGCCCAAUGGAAUGGAGACCAGUGGGACCUCACUUGACCAUGAUGGAAGUGCUUCGUCCACAGAGAGAAGGCCAUCAGCUGAUCAACGAACAGAGAGUGCACAUCCUCCCAACAGAGCAGCAUCUUCACGACACAAAAAUGAAGAUGACUUAAUACCAUACAGUAAGCCCACCUUCCUGCAACGAGGUCAGAUGUCAAGCAAUUGCUCCACAACAGGAAGUUCAUCAUCCAGAGGUUCAACCGGGUCACGGGGUCACGUAGCAGGGCGAAGCAAAGGAGCUGGAGUAGACCGCAGUGAGGACAAAAGAUGAACAGAAGACAGGAAUGGGCAAAAGAACCAGGCUGUAGGUGAGGUCCCUGACAGAGGCACCUCCCACUCUCUUCUUCCCAACCCUGUACAGAAUAAUUUGCCUUGUAUGAAAAAAAAAUCAAAGUUUGAAAUUUGAGAAAGAACCUUUUAUGUUUAAUUUAUGACAUCAGGAAAAUCCAUGUUAACUUUGUAAAUAACUGGGAUUUUUUUUUUGUUUUUGUUUGUUAUUAAACAUUUCCUGGCCUUCUGGUGAACGUAUUUAUAAAUGGAAAAAAAAAGAUAAUGUUGGAUAUUAUAAGGUAUUUGUCUGAAUGUGCCAAUCUUUUUCAAUAGCAAGUAUGCGUUUAACAGACUAAACUAAAAAAAUAUAUAUUUGCACUCUGUAACAUACAUGCACAACGCAUUCUGGAUCCUCCCGAAAGGUCCUGUAGCCCAUAGGACAGCCAAAUUGAGAAACACAGCUCAACCACGGAUUGGAUGGAUUAACCACUGGCUGCACAACCUAUGAAUGUCCCCAUCUGUGCGCCGAGAUGAUGCUUUUUUAGCGGACCGCAAUACUGAAGUGAAUAUGCGUUGGAACAAGCCGUUAGUUUAUGCUUGCUGGGUGAGAACCGUUCUAUUUGAAGAUGAGUCUGUUGGAGGUGGGAGGGUAUUGGCUGCUGGUAUAAAGUUUUAAUAAGAUUGAAUGUAGCCUGAUAUUUUGUUGUAUUAAAAACAUUUCGUACAAAUGUUCAGUAGAUAAAAUAUGAGUGGUUAUUUAUCUAGAGGUAUAUAGAAAUACAAUGUCUGAUGCUCAAGAAAGGAAAUUGACCAUUGACUGAUAAUAAAAAUAGGGCACACAUCUCAGCUGGAGGUUUCUCCUUUCUAAGUGAGAUUUUCUCAUGUUUUGAAUAACGUCUGGCAAUGCUAAAUCACAGAGGUAGGUUUGACAAUGUAAUACACCCACAAGAUAAUGUCACUCUGAGGUCAUUAAUUCAAAUAUCAAGGGAAAGGCCACAAUUUUGAGGCCAACCCAAUCUUCGGCACAUUACUAAACAAAUACCUGGCUGGGAUAUGGACUGAGUGCAGAAACUAUCAUGCCUCAUAUUCCAAUCAGUUCUUUUGGUGCUUGGGUUUCUACGUUGAGAGUAAAAUGUUUUUUUUUGUAAAAUGAGUUCGUUUUGAGUAUUUAUGCCUCCCUGCACCCUACAAAUCAACCAAAAUUUUUCACAUCCCUGGAUUGGUUCCUGGCCUCUGUCAGGUCUGGUUCUGGUUCUCUGAUUGGCUGUUUAGUAAAAAUGGCCAGCACUAUAUUAAAUAGUGAGAGUACAUUUGAAGAGGAGGGUUAUAACUCUAGGUAAAUGCAAUCAUGACCAAACUACUACUUAUGGCUCAACAGAUUAGUAAUAUUUCAAGAAUAGGUUAAAUGCAGCCAAUGAGGCUUCAACAGUUGACCCUAACACUGUGAUACUAAAUUGGAUUUAGUUCCGCCACUUCAGUUGGAGGUGGUUUAUUUAAGUGUCAGGUGAAAACAAGAUUGCAUUGGUUAGUUUUGGCUUACCAUUGUCAUCUCCCCUCCCCUCUGGUGGUGGAAUAGCCUCCUCAUGCCUGUUGGAAUACUAUCCAAAACUUCAGGCAAGGACGAAAGUUUGAUGGACAAAGACAUUCCAAGGUGGACUCUUGAAUCUAGCGAGAGCUGCAAAAUAUUGCAAGGUCACCUGCAUCUUCAGCCAUAAAGACAAAGAGAUUGCAAAGAUACCCAAGGCCAUUCCAGUCUUCCAUCAUGGUCUGUGAUGUUGCAGUCCAUUCUCUAGAUAACACUCCUAAUGGAACCGCAAAAUUCCCAAAUCAUUCAGCCUUCCAUAUAAUGCAAGGAAAAGCCCCCUGUUAUAGUGAGCAAGAAUAUAAGUAGAGCGCCUUCAGCACUGCCAGGAAUUCUCACAUGGCCCUUUGAUAAUUGUAUUUCUUGCUUGUAUUCAUGAGUGAAAACGGUGGGAAUUCCAGUGUGUAUGUGAUCCUGUGUACUGCAGAAUUAUUGCUAUGCCUGCAUACACUUCAAGAACUCCACAGCACAACUGUUGCCAUGUAUAGUACGAAGAGGCUGAGUGAGAUUUCUGUAGGGACAGAGUUGUAUUGUUUUCCCACCGGGGCAAUAUUCCAGUCAUGUUUCAGGCAGAGGAAAUAGUGACUCAAAUAUCUGAGCAAAUACACUGUGGGGAUAGUUGAAUGCUGGUUAAAUGGCCCUAAUGGUCAAUAGGCUGCCUGCCAGCUGCUUGAAAGAGGUUAAACAAACAAACAGGCCCUGGAAAAGACAACCUGUACAUUAUGUGCCAUCAACACGAAGACCCAUAAGAUUGAACCACACUCAUUAAUUGGUUAAGCAAUUGUAGAGUGAGCAGCAGUUGUCCCUCUGAAGUAACUGAAAGUGUUCUUGUUUUUUCUGUCACUCAUUCACGGUGUAAAGUCAAAUUGUACCAAAAAUACUGUUAUUGUUAGACCUGACCAAAAAUAUUCUGGUUUUCUCUAACCCGAAGACUAUAAUUUUUUUAAGGAAUUAAACAUUUUAAAGA